GUCAUUUUCUUUAUUGCUUAUUAAUUAGCAAUAUUUAUUUUAUACGAUUUUAUUAUCUUUUGUUGAAUAUUUUAUUACAAUGUUAUCACUCUUCUCGCAUUUUGUGUUAUUUUCUUAUGAAACACCUUAAUUAUAUAGUUAUAUCUUACUAGGACUAAAGAAAUAUUUGAAGUAAAAGUUAUAUAUUUUGUAUCAAGACUAUUUCAAAAAAAAACCCGAAAAACCCGAGAAAACCGAAUAACCCGAAAAAAUCCGAGGUUGAAAAACUCGAAUUUUAUUGGUUUGGUUUGGUGUAUAAAUUAAAAAACCCGAUGCAAUUGGUUUGGUUUGGUGUUUAAAAAAACCGAACCAACCGGGUCUAUGUACACCCCUACCUGCAACAAUGUCUUCGGACACACAGCUUACCAUCCAUCUAAUUACCUUAGCAUUGGAUGCAAUCCAAGCCUCCUUAUUUGUUGCAUCAGUUGGCAUUUUGGACGAACCGUCGAGAAAUCCAAAGAUACCUUUCCCUUGGAUAAACACCCUAAAGUGAAACUCCCAGCCUACAAAGUUCUUACCGGUGAGCUUGGUCAUCACCAACUCAGAUGAUGAGGAGAGCUUUGAUUCCAUCAUGAACAAGAUCAAUGAAAAUAAUAACUAGGAGCAGGAACUACUGAAUCAAGAGAAAAAACAGGAACCCAGAGCAUGGAAGCAAGUUCUAGAGACGGGCAGGAAACUGAUCGAGAAAAAAAAAAAAAAAAAAACAAGAACAAAAAGAGUCACCUUAGACUUUUGAUACCAUGAUAGAAUUGUAAAGUAAUAUGUAUUUCACACUUUCUGAAUAUUAUUCACCAUAGAAUAGGUAGUACAUUUAUACACGUAUAUUUACUCAACCCUAGCUAAUUAUGCAACGUAAUUAAUGCUACAUAUCAGCUAAUUAUAUUUAGUAAAACACAGUUGUUACAAUAUGGGCCUUUGACUAAGCCCAUAGGCUAACAACACUGUCAGUGUAUAUAACUUAAAUUCAAUUUUUCUAUUUAUAGUGAGUUUUAAGUAUAUAUAUAUAUAUAUCGACAAUAUGAUACAACUAUCGGAUCAUCCAAAAGAUAUUAGUAGGUGACUCUCCAUAAAAAUAUGAAAUUUAUAAUCCCAAAAAUAAGAUAUGUUACUUGACAUGACAAGUGAAGAUGACCGAAAAGUAUCUAAAUUACUUACAUCAUUAGUGUAUAUAGUAUAGUUUAACUUAUCAGCACCAAUGAUAUAACUUUUUUUUACACGAUAAGACAAGUUAUCAAUUACAACAGAUAAUUGUUAUAAAAUUGUGUAAAACAUUUUACACGAGUAUUAUUAUUAUUUUUAUUAUGGUAGGUAAGAAUUUACUCCUCAACAACUUAAAUUACACUAUAGUACCAAAAAAAAAAAUAACAAUGCAUAGUCAAUAUAUAGAGAUAAGCUUUCAUUAAUAUAACUGGUACAGAAUGAAGUGAACAAGAAUAGUACUCCUAAUUCCUAACAGGAGCGAUCAUAGUAGAGUUAGAGAUAGAAUAGGGCUAUGGAUAGCUCAACAUCAAGUAGUCUCAAAAGUCCCAUGUUGCCACCAGCAUCAUCGGACACAAACAGGUGGUGUUUGAUUGAUAAGGUAAUAGAUGUUGAAGAAGCCAAGAAUCAGAUAUUGUUCUCUUUGCCAAUGAUUGUGGUGACUACUUGUUUCUACUUCAUCAACAUUGUCUCUGUUAUGUUUGCUGGUCAUCUUGGCAAACUUGAACUUGCUGCCUCAAAUCUUGGUAAUUCUUGGGCUGUGGUCUCUGGUAUCUCUUUCAUGGUUGGCCUAAGUGGCGCACUUGAGACAUUAUGUGGCCAAGGUUAUGGAGCAAAGAUGUACAGGAUGCUGGGGAUACAUCUUCAAACAUCAUGCAUCAUAUCAUUCUUCUUUUCUACAGUAAUCGCUAUAAUUUGGUGCUAUUCUGAUAGAAUUCUGAUUUUACUUCAUCAAGAUCCUGAAAUAGCUAAAGAAGCAGGGGUAUUCUUGAAGUUCCUAAUACCAGGAUUGUUUGGACAUGGUUUUUUACAAAAUAUUUUGAGGUUUCUUCAAGCUCAGUCAAUUAUAAUGCCUCUUGUUGUGUGUUCAGUUGCCACUUUAGUUGUUCACAUUGGCCUUGCCUAUGGCUUGGUUCAUUGGACAAGUCUUGGUUUUAAAGGAGCACCAUUAGCUGCUUCGAUUUCGCUUUGGAUAUCGGUCCUCACGUUGGGUAUAUACGUGCUUUUUUCGGAGAGAUUUAGGCAUAUCUGGAGGGACGGUCUCUCAUUCGAGCCGUUUCAUCAUGUCGUUACAAACUUGAAGUUGUCAUUGCCCUCUGCUGCCAUGGUGUGUUUGGAGUACUGGGCUUUUGAGCUUCUUGUGCUAUUGGCUGGUUUGAUGCCGAAUUCGAAAACAACUACUUCUGUGAUUGCAAUCAGUGUUAAUACUGAAGCCAUUGCCUACUAUAUGUCUUAUGGUCUGAGUGCAGCUGCAAGCACUAGGGUAGCAAAUGAGUUAGGAGCUGGAAAUCCUGGCAAAGCUAAGCAUGCUAUGGUUGUUACUCUCAAGCUAUCCGUUCUUUUUGCUCUUAUAGUUGAUUUGGCUCUAUUUUUUGGUCAUAAUGUCUGGGCUGGCCUCUUUAGUAAUAGCACAGAAAUAAUAAACAAGUUUGCCACAAUGAUGCCACUUCUCUUAGUCUCAUUUGCACUGGAUUUCUUUCAAGGAAUUUUAUCAGGGGUGGCUAGGGGAUGUGGAUGGCAACAUUGGGCUAUGUGCAUCAACUUGGCAACGUUCUAUUUCAUUGGCAUGCCAAUGGCUGGCCUCCUUGCUUUCAAGCUCAACCUACUAGCUCAGGGUUUAUGGAUGGGCUUGAUAUGUGGUCUAGCUUGCCAAGCUUCUGGCUUAUUGCUACUGACAUUGUGGAUCAGAUGGGAAAAAGUAGAGGACUCAACGAAGAGUAAUAGAGAAAAUGAACUUCUAGCUUAAGCAUGACUUCAUAAGAAUCACUUUCUUAUUGGGCGACACUAGUUAUCAUUAUUAAUUAUGUGCAUGGUCUUUUCUUUUGAGAUUUCAAAUACUAGUAUUACUUUACUUUACUUUUCUUUA